AUGGCAUCAAAGAUUAAACUUUUGCUCAUAUUUUUCGUAUCAUUCUCUUCAAUAAUCUUCUCCAUUGAAGCAUCAAAGGGAAGCAAAAGCAACAUCACCUGGUGGUGCAACAAGACCCCGCAUCCUGAACCAUGCAAGCACUUCAUCAGAAGAAGCCACAAACAUUUUAGAAUCAAACACUUGUCUGAACUGCGAACCAUGAUGAUUCGAGCAGCGAUGGAUCAAGCAAUCGCUGCAAAUAAGCACGUCAAGCGGUGCAAGCCCAAUGUACAAACCCAGCACCAGCGAGCUGUGUGGAGUGAUUGCUUGAAACUAUAUGGAAACACAAUCCUCCAAUUAAACCGUACACUUCAAGGCCUAAGAAGAACCCGCACAGGUUGUACAGGUUUCGAUGCACAGACAUGGCUCAGCACUGCCCUCACUAACAUUAAAACGUGUCAAACAGGGUUUCUUGAACUUAAUGUCUCGGAUUUUACCAGGCCUGUGAUGUCCAGUAAUUUAUCAAAGCUAAUUAGCAACAGUUUGGCUACUAAUGGAGUCUUACUACGUGUUAAAAACAACACAAACAGUACUAGUUCUGUGCCAUCGGCCUAUCCUAGUUGGCUGUCGGGGCACGAGAGGAAGCUACUGCAAUCGCCCACGCUAGCCUCCUCAGCAAAUCUGGUGGUGGCGAAGGAUGGUUCGGGGCGUUUUAGGACGAUUCAGGCAGCUAUUGAUGCGGCAGCUAGGAGGAGAGGAAGUGGGAGGUUGAUUAUAUAUGUGAAGAGAGGUGUUUAUAGAGAGAAUAUUGAAGUUGGGAUCAAUAAUAACAAUAUUGUGCUGGUUGGUGAUGGAAUGAAUAAUACUAUCAUCACUGGUAGCAGAAGUGUUGGGGGAGGUUACACAACUUACAGUUCUGCAACUGCUGGCAUAGAUGGGCUCCACUUCAUGGCUCGUGACAUAACAUUCAUAAACACCGCAGGCCCUCUAAAGGGCCAAGCAGUGGCGCUCCGAUCAGCCUCUGACCUCUCGGUCUUCUAUCGUUGCGCCUUCCUAGGCUACCAAGACACGCUCAUGGUAUACGCACAACGCCAAUUCUACAAAUCAUGCUACAUCUACGGCACCAUAGACUUCAUAUUUGGAAACGCAGCCGUAGUUUUCCAAAACUGUGGAAUUUACGUUAGAAGACCCUUAAAGGGCCAAGCCAAUGUGAUCACUGCACAAGGCCGCAAUGACCCAUACCAAAACACUGGAAUUUCGGUCCAUAAUUCACGAGUCCUAGCCGCACCCGACCUCAAACCUGUGAUUCGUGGAUUCAAGACCUAUUUGGGGAGACCUUGGAUGCAAUACUCGAGAGUGGUGUUCAUGAGGACUUAUAUUGAUAGGUUGAUUAGUCCUGUUGGUUGGUCAAAAUGGGGCAAUAGUAACUUUGCUCUUGACACACUGUAUUAUGGAGAAUACAAGAAUUUUGGCCCUGGUUCUUAUACUCAAUGGAGGGUUCGGUGGGGUGGAUUCCAUGUUAUUAACAAUGCUGUUGAGGCAUCCCAGUUUACGGUGGAUAGACUUAUCGCUGGCCAAACAUGGUUGCCUGCCACCGGAGUGCCUUUCACUCUUGGCAUCUGA